UUUCGAAAACCCGGUGUGGAGCAUAACCGACAUGGCCAUGAAACUUGCAUUUCUUUUCGUCGCCGUUUUGGCGGGAUGCAAUGCAUUCCCUUUUGAGGAGCUUGACCAGGACAUGUCCAUCUUCUUCGAGCAUGUGAACCCCAACGCCCGUAUCGUAGGCGGCGCCCAAGCCGCUAACGGUGCUCACCCACACAUGGUCGCCAUUACCAACGGCGCUCUUAUCAGGACCCUAAUUUGCGGCGGCUCCAUUAUCUCCCCCAGGACUGUCCUCACUGCUGCCCACUGCAUUGGUCCCAUCCGCAGUGGCAACAGUGUUAACCGUAUCGCACGCGCGGUCGUCGGCACCAACCGCUGGAACAGUGGUGGUCAGAUGUACUCGUACCGGAGAUUCGCCAUCCACCCCAACUACAACGCCAACACCAUCAAGAACGACAUCGGUGUGCUCCACACCUCAAGCAACAUCGUCUGGAACAACGCCGUCAGGCCUAUCUUUAUUAACUACGAUUGGAUCGGAGAAGGGAUGAACUCCAGGGUUGCUGGAUGGGGCAGAAUCAGGGCCGGUGGUGCUCUCUCUCCCAACCUGCUCCAACUGAACGUGCAAACCGUCGACGGUGACCAUUGCAUGCGUGAAGUCGCCCGUGUCGCCGCCAGCAUCAACAGGAUAGUACCUGCCGUCGACCCCAACGUUGAACUCUGCACCUUCCACUCUCAGAACCACGGUACUUGCAAUGGUGACUCCGGCAGCGCUCUGGUCCGCGUGGACCGCGGCGAGCAGAUCGGUGUCGUGUCUUGGGGUAUCCCGUGCGCCCUGGGUGCUCCCGACAUGUUCGUCAGGAUCAGCGCCUUUAGGAGCUGGAUCCAGAGCAACACCGUCAACUAAUCAGCUCUCUUUUUUUAACCUCAGUUUUAUGUGUAGGUAUGUUCAAUAAAUGAUUUAUAAAAUUAAA